GUCCUGGGUCCUUUCAUAAUAUCAACAUGGCGGCCUUCUGCAGAGGCAGGCACCGAUGGAAAAGAAAUAACAGCUUUUAUGUGUUUACAAGAAACCUCACAGGAAAGUACGACUACGACUUAGUGGUUAUCGGUGGAGGUUCAGGAGGCCUUGCUUGUUCCAAAGAAGCAGCCCAGUUGGGACAAAGAGUCGCUGUCUUAGACUUUGUGGAACCUUCUGCUAAAGGGACUAGGUGGGGCCUCGGUGGUACGUGUGUCAAUGUCGGCUGCAUCCCCAAGAAGCUCAUGCAUCAGGCGGCUUUACUGGGAACCGCCGUCAAAGAUGCGAAGAAGUACGGCUGGCAAAUCCCGGGGCCAGUCUCCCACGACUGGGCCACCAUGGCAGGCGCUGUUCAGAACCACGUCAGAUCGCUGAACUGGGGCCACAGGGUUCAGCUUCAGGACAAGAAGGUCAAAUAUCUGAACCUCAAAGGCAGUUUGGCAGAUGAACACACUGUGAAAGGACUAAGCAAAGCGGGAAAAGAGACAGUCCUGACUGCCAAGAAUAUAGUGAUCGCCACAGGUGGACGACCGAAGUACCCAACGAACAUCCCCGGAGCGAUGGAGCACGGCUUCACCAGCGAUGACAUAUUCUGGCUGAAAAAGUCGCCUGGAAAAACACUUGUGGUUGGAGCGAGUUAUGUGGCUUUAGAGUGUGCAGGCUUUCUCACAGGCAUCGGCCUGGACACCACAGUGAUGGUCCGCAGCAUCGCCCUGCGGGGCUUUGAUCAGCAAAUGGCCGGCCUGGUGACAGACUACAUGGAGGCCUACGGCACCAGGUUCGCGUGGAAGUCGGUCCCAAAGAAAGUGGAGAAGCUUCCGUCCGGAGCCCUGCAGGUGACGUGGGUCGACGGCCAGACGGGCAGCGAGGCCAGAGACACGUACGACUCGGUUUUGUGGGCAGUCGGCCGCGCUCCUGAAACCAAGGCUCUGGGCCUCGACAGGCUCAACGUCCAGCUCAACAACGCGACGGGGAAAAUAGUUGUCGGCGCAGACGAAUCCACCUCGGUGCCGAACAUCUUCGCUUUCGGGGACAUCAGUGAGGGUCGACCUGAAUUGACUCCAACGGCCAUUAAAGCAGGAAAGCUGCUCGCCCGCAGGCUGGCGGGACAGAGCACUGAGCUCAUGAACUACGACAAUGUGCCGACCACGGUCUUCACGCCGCUGGAGUACGGCUGUGUGGGUCUGUCUGAGGAGGAGGCCGAGAGGAGGCACGGAAAAGACGGCAUCGAGGUCUUUCAUGCUUUCUACAAGCCUCUCGAGUUCACCGUGGCAGAGCGAGAUGCCAGCCAGUGUUACAUAAAGGUGAUCUGCGAACGAGGUGCUGAUCAGAAAAUUCUGGGUCUGCAUUUCACCGGUCCAAAUGCCGGAGAGGUCACACAGGGAUUUUCUAUGGGCCUCCAGUGCGGAGCGACAUAUUCUCACCUCCUGCAGACGGUGGGAAUCCACCCCACGUGCGCAGAGGAGGUGGUGAAGGUCGGCAUCACCAAGCGCUCCGGGCUGGACGCCGCGGUCACGGGCUGCUGAGGUUAAGCACCUCGGCCUCUGAGCACGCAAGCAGCGCACGGGGUCUCCGGGCAUCGGCAG